GCUGAGAAGUUUCGUUCAUCCUCAUCAUGACUUCAAGUGAUUUCUUAACCCAGCUUCCUCCACCAAACCGCACACUUUAUACACUCCAGCUCUGCCAAAGCGUCGUGCAGAACGGAGUCAGUAGCUGCGCUUUCACGUGCGGGCAUUCUGUCAUGGGCCAUCUUACGCUUUACCCUGCACAACGCAAAGUCGUCGUCCACCAGAUCUCACCCUUGGAUAUAUCACACUGCCGUUCGUCAUAUUAGGUUUUCACCCGAGUGAGUGGUCCUGUUUGAAAAUCCACUCUUCAGCGACAAUGCCUCAGAAAAUGCCUCCCCCUUGGCUUAAGCAAGGGAGAAUAUAGGAUCCGUCCGUGUCACACAACAUUUCUAGAAGCGACACCUUUUUCAGAUUCACGCCAGCUUAAAUUUCACUCGAUGUUCACUCGAUAAAUGCCAUGUUGAUAAAUUGGAUCUAUGCUAUAGACAUCGCUGUCAGACGGGGAAAUGCUGCCGUCCCAAGAUACAAUCCCGUCUCGGGCCACCAACGUUGCUUCUACGGCCCCACAUAUUCUGCGUAGAAAGCACAACAUAUUCUGUAUGGAAAGCACAGGAUGGACCAAGCAGGUGUGACAUGCAAGCUACCUGAACUAAAAAAAAAACCAC